AUGAAUAAUACAACAAUGACACACCAACAUAAUGAAUUACCUUCCGUUAAUAGUAAUACCAGUUUAUCUGAUAAUUUACAAUUGAACAAUUACUAUGAUAAAUUACUAUUUAAGAAUAAUAGCGGGAAAUCAUUAGUUGAUUUACCAUCAAAAUUAAACAACAGCAACAACAAUAGUCAAAAUGCUACAAAUGGCAGUGAAAAUAAUUCCUUAUUUAGAAAUUAUAUUAGUAAAAUUGAUAAUGCUAAUACUCUCAAAAAUUCUUCAUUCGAUGGUAAUAAUAAUACCAAUGAUAUUGCCAGUUCCAAUAAUGUUUCUAUUGGCAAUGAGUUUAAUGAAGUGAGUGAAGAGGAUCCAAUUAGUGGUAGUAAAUUCAAUAAAUCAACUUUUAAUGAUUUUGAUUUAUCUUCAAGUUUUAGAGGCAUUAGUUUAAAUGGUAGCUCUCAUAUCUCAAAUAAUAUGCAAAACAAUAAUCCUGAUAUUAAUUUUAGGAAUAAUAGUAUAAGUGUGCUUCCUGGUGAUUUUAAUUCUUCAAGUUCUAAUGAUGCUCUACAUAAUUUCCCUUUGGUUGCUUUAGAGAUGACUACUCCAUCAAAUUCGGAACCAUUCCCAAUGGCAUAUAACAAUCAUCAUAAUAUGAAUAAUAAUGGGUUAGGUGAUAGUAACGGUAUUUUUGGAAGCCAAUAUAACGCAACAUCAAGCAUACACCCAUUCUCGUCAUCGCAAUCAACAAGCACGCAUACAAAUGAUAAUUUCUAUAGCAAUGGCAAUCCGGCCUCUAAUUUACAAGGUUAUUCUGGACUUUUCAAUUUUAAAGCGCAACUAGGAUCAUCAAAUUAUAGGACUAAUGAUAUUGAUAAAGGCAAUGACAAUAAUGAUGCUAUGUUAAAUCUAAAUAUAGAGAAUGCAAGAAGAUCUUCUUAUAUCUCAGAUUCUCUAAUCCAUGGACAAACAUUACAAAAUAACUUAGAGUCAGUUAUCGAUCAUUUGAACAAUAAUAACGGUUUAAACCAAUAUAAUCAAUUCAAUGGUGCUCCUAACGAUAAUAAUAGAUAUGGUUCGAAUUAUAUGAACUAUUCAAACGAUCCAAAUCCAAAUCCAAAUUCAAAUGCUGACCGUAUACAACAUAGAAAUUCAGUCUUCACUAUUCCAACCCAUCAAGCUACUUCGGGUAUUAUGCAAGCAAGAAACUAUACUAUGAUGGAAUCUUCAAACAUCAGCAACCAUAUGUUACAACAGUCUCAACAACCGCACCAAACCAAGCAGCAACAACAACCACAACCGCAACCACAAAAUCGUUAUGGUUACGCACAGAAUUAUGGCAGAAACCAAUCCUUUUCAAAUGGAAGCACAAACAUGUCUAUGCUCAACACCACAAACAAUUCUACUCAGCAUAAUAGAUUCUCACAAUACAAUCAACAUUCUCACCAGAAGAAUCAGAAUAAUAACCACAACAUCCAUAAUAAAUACCAACUGUCAAAUCCACUCUCCACUAGUAACGCUUCCAAUAAUGACAACGCUGAUAUCGGAUUGACGGUUUUCAAUGGACGUCAAUUGAAACCGAAUGAUGAAUUGAAACAAAUUUUUAAAGAAUGUGGUUCAAAUUAUUUCUCCUCUGAAUUAGUUUUUGAAUUUACAGAUCAUAUUAAGAGAUUACUUGAUAAAUCUUCUGAAGAUUCUGAAUUAAAACAAAAUUGUAUUAAGUUUCUAAACUUUUUAAAAUCUUGUAAUUCAAAUUAUGUUACUACAACUAACACGGAAUUAGAAAAAACUUCAUCAACUAAGAAGAAUGCACAAUCCGAUAGUUCAUCGUACAUGAAUUAUGAACCGUUGGCUCUAGUUACUUUAAAAAAUGGUAAAUUAGAAUUAUUGUCAAUUCCAAACAAUUCCAACUUAUUCAUGAGUAGAGGUGAUAUGGUUAUUAUUGAUGGUGAUAGAGGCAAGGAUUUGGCCUUGAUGGUUGAACCAGCAGUGAGCUUUGAUUUGGCUUUAUUCGUAUAUUUCUUGAAAAAGAAGAUUCAUUUCGAUUCACUAAUUACAGCAAAAUCACAACAUUACCCAAAUAAAGAUUUUGUUAAAGCUUUAAUCGAGUCUACUAGAGGUCAAAGUGAUAAAUUAAACUCAAGAUUAUACGAUGUAGUUGAGUUAACUCAAUUAGUGGUACCAUCAAAACAAGUUAUUAGGUUCGCCACCCCUUGGGAAGUUUCUUCAAAUUUGAAUAACAAACUAAAAGAUGAAUUGAAAGCUUUACAUGUUGCCAAAAUGAAGUUAAGUUCAAUCAACAAUUCCCAUCUUGAUCAAGAUCAGGCUUCAACUGAAGAUAUGAAUUCCCAAAAUUUAGAUUUAAAUGUUUCAAAUACCACAUCAAAUGCGAACUCUAAACUAAACAUUACAAUUUUAAAUGCUGAGAUCCAAUUUGAUAGAAAGAAAUUAACAUUUUACUAUAUUUGUGAUGAAAGGAAUGACUUCAGAGAUUUAAUUAAAGAGUUAUUCAAAUUAUACAAAACUAGAAUUUGGUUAUGUGCUAUUCCAAAUAAUUUAGAAAUUUAUUCUAAAUAUUACAAUAGCGAAAAGAAAGAAUUACACCUGUAUCAACAAAUGAUGCAAAAUUACACUAAUGAAGAUAUGUUAGAGAUUACCAAUAAUAAUAUUCAUAACAACAACAACAAUAUUCUAUCACCAUUUAAAAAAAUUGAAUUAGACAAUUUCCAAAUUGGUGUUUAUAUAGAAUUAGUCAAGAAAUUAUUUGAAUAA